CUGCGGACGCGGCACCCGGUGACCCGCCCAGAGCUAGGCUGCCGCGGGGCUGAAGCGCGGGGUUAACGCUGGGUGACCCGGGCUGCCGAGCGCGGGCGUCCAGCUGUCUGCGGGGCAACCAUGGCGGAGGCCGCGCCGCAGCACCUGUCGCUGCCCUCGGGGCUGCUGGAGUUGUGCGCGCUACUGGGCGCUCCUCGCGACAGCCUUCGCAGCCUUGAGCAGGUCAUCCAAAAGAGGGGAGUCAGAAGCCUCCCCUCUCUCGACCCAGAGGUUCUGUCUGUUUUUGUGCCUCCUUUUAUCAGUAAAGAGGACAGCCAGGGACCUGCUACGAACUGUGCAACCCUAGGGAAGGGCAGGAGGCGCUCCUUCAGGAAGAAGAGAGAGAAGCCCAAGACAGAGGCCUGGAAGGGCCCCCCGACGGACUCCAGAGGUCCUGAUUCUGAGGACAUCAGCGUCCCAGGCGGUGUGGACCUCCAUGCUCUGCCCCAACUGUGCUUUCCAGGAGGCAUGCAUGUGGCCCCAGAACCAAAGGAGGACCAAAUCCAUUUUCUGGUGCUGACUGAUGUGUGUGGGAACAGGACCUAUGGUGUGGUGGCCCAGUACUACCGACCCCUGCAUGAUGACUGCUGUUUCUACAAUGGCACAGCACACUUGGAGCUGGCUUGGCCGAGUUUGGUGGGUGCUGCCGGCUGUUUUGUGCCCUUUGCAGUGUGUGUGGUCUCCAGGUUCCCCUACUACAACUCCCUCAAGGACUGCCUCUCCUGUUUAUUGACUCAUCUGAAGCUCUGUAAAGACUUUGAAGUUGACAAUCACAUAAAAGAUUUUGCCGCAAGACUGUCGUUAAUACCUAGUCCCCCACCUGGACCACUCCAUUUGAUGUUUAACGUGAAGCCGCUGCACGUCGUGUUUCCCUCCCGAGUAGACCCUGACAGCCCUGUCAUCGACCUGGACCUUCACCUGCCCUUGCUGUGCUUCCAGCCCGAGAAGGUGCUUCAGAUCCUCGCCUGCCUUCUGACGGAGCGGCGGAUUGUGUUCUUCUCUUCGGACUGGGCCCUGCUGACCCUCAUCGCUGAGUGCUUCAUGAUCUACCUCCACCCCCUGCAGUGGCAGCACACCUUUGUGCCCAUCCUGUCGGGCCAGAUGCUGGAUUUUGUCAUGGCUCCUACGUCUUUUCUCAUGGGCUGCCACCUUGACCACUUUGAAGAAGUCAGCAAGGAAGCCGAUGGUUUAAUUCUCAUAGACAUUGAUCAUGGUAGCAUUACCUGCUCUAAGUCCUCAGCCAGUGACAUGGACAUUCCUGACAUCCCAUUCCUGGUGGCGCAGACGUUCAUUCAGAGGGUCCAGAGCCUGCAGCUCCACCCCGAGCUACACCUCGCUCACCUGAGCUCCAGCACAGAUCUGAAUGAGGGCCGCGCCCGCCAGCGAGCCUGGCAGCAGACACUCAACUCCUGCAUCCAGCACAUCACCCUGCAGCUGCUUGUGGGCAUCUUCAGGGAGGUGAAGAAGCACCUGAAUUACGAACACAGGGUGUUUAACAGUGAGGAAUUUCUCAAAACAAGAGCCACAGGGGAGCAGCGGUUCUAUAAACAGGUUUUGGACACCUACAUGUUCCACUCUUUCCUGAAAGCCCGGCUCAGCCGCAGGAUGGAUGCCUACGCGCAGAUGGACCUGGACACCCAGUCUGAGGAGGACAGAAUCAGUGGGAUGCUUAUAAGUCCCAGGAGGCCAACAGUGGAGAAGAUGGCAUUAAGGAAGUCCUCGCCUCUGAACAUCACCCACAGGCGCAUGGUGGUCAGUAUGCCCAGCCUGCAGGACAUCACCCUGCCUGAGCUGCCGGCCAGGAACUCCUCGCUCCGCAUCAUGGACACCACAGGAUGCAGGGACAGCAGCCCAGUUCUGAAUGUGGCCCCUAAGUCCACGUAUACAUUCAAGAUUCCCGAAAUCCACUUCCCGCUGGUGAGCCAGUGCAUACAGGCAUAUCACGCCAACUUUGUCACCCUGCUGAGCAAGGCCAUGAGCCUCCUGGGCCCUGACAACUCCCUGCUCCUGGCCAGGUACUUCUACCUGCGUGGCCUCGUCCACCUGAUGCAGGGGCAGCUGCUGAGUGCCCUCUCAGAUUUCCAGAACCUGUACAAGACGGACAUCCGGAUUUUCCCUACUGACCUUGUCAAGGGCACUGUGGAAUCUAUGUCGGCUCCUGAGCGCACCCAGGCUGAGCAGACGCCUGAACUGAGGAGACUCAUCACUGAGGUCCUGGACAAGCCAGGAGAGGCCACCAAGGCAGACGACGCUGUGAAGCACUUUGAGCUGCCCAAGAAGCAUAUGCAGCUGGAAGACUUCGUAAAAAGGGUUCAGGAAUCGGGGAUUGUCAAGGACACCAACAUCAUACACCGGCUGUUCGAUGCACUGACUGUAGGACAGCAGAAAUUGAUUGACCCAGAAACAUUCAGAGAUUUCUACAACUGCUGGAAGGAGACAGAAGCCCAGGCCCAGGAGGUCAGUCUGCCGUCCCUGGUGGUGGAGCAUCUGGAUAAAAAUGAGUGUGUCUACAAGCUGUCAAGCUCUGUCAAGACCAACCGUGGCGUCGGCAAGAUCGCCAUGACCCAGAAGCGCCUGUUCCUGCUGACUGAGGGGAGGCCGGGCUAUGUGGAGAUCUCCACCUUUAGGAAUAUAGAGGAAGUCAGAAGCACCACGGUCGCUUUUCUCCUCCUGAGAAUACCCACCUUGAAAAUUAAAAUGAUGUCCAAGAAAGAGGUCUUCGAGGCCAACCUGAAAUCUGAGUGUGACCUCUGGCACCUCAUGGUCAAGGAGAUGUGGGCUGGAAAGAAGCUGGCCGAUGACCACAAGGACCCACAGUACGUCCAGCAGGCACUGACCAACGUCUUACUGAUGGAUGCCGUGGUCGGCACGCUGCAGUCCCCAGGAGCCAUCUAUGCUGCUUCCAAGUUGUCUUACUUUGAUAAGAUGAAAAAUGAAAUGCCCAUGGCUGUCCCCAAGACGACCUCAGAGACACUCAAACACAAAAUCAACCCUUCGGCGGGGGAGACGGGCCCGCAAGCCAUUGACGUCUUGCUGUACACACCAGGGUACCUUGACCCCGCGGAGAAAGUAGAGGAUGCUCACCCCAAGUUAUGGUGCGCCCUGAACGAAGGCAGAGUAAUCGUGUUUGAUGCCUCCUCUUGGACCAUCCAUCAGCCCUGCUUUAAAGUGGGCACCUCCAAGGUGAACUGCAUGGUGAUGGCGGAGCAGAGCCAGGUGUGGAUUGGCUCAGACGACUCUGUCAUCUACAUUAUCAAUGUCCACAGCAUGUCCUGCAACAAGCAGCUCACAGACCACCGCACUGGUGUCACGGGCCUGAUCGUGCAAGACGGGAAGAAGCCCAGCGAGGUCUACUCCUGCAGCUUGGAUGGGACAGUCCUGGCAUGGAACGUCAGCACGCUGCGGGUGACCUGCAGCUUCCAGCUCCCCUACUGCGGCCUCACGUCCAUCAGCCUGCACAGCAGCAGCCUGUGGUGCUGCACGGACAGCAGCAUUGUGGUAGUAACGACGCACGGCACCCGGUGCCAAGAGCUGAGGAUAGACGAGGACGUCGGGGAGGCACAGAACUCCUUCUUGGGCCUGCAGCUUCUCCCCGAGCAGGGGCAGCUGUGGGCUGCCUGUGCAGGGCACAGUGAGGUGUACAUCUGGAGCCUGCAGGACCUGGCUCAGGCCCCGCAGCGGAUUCACCUGCAGGACUGCUCUGAGGUCAGCUGCAUGAUCCGGGUGAAGAGGCAGAUCUGGGUGGGCGGCAGGGGACUGUCACAGGGAAGACUUAAAGGGAAGAUCUAUGUGAUUGACGUGGAGAAGAAGACAGUGGAAAAGGAGUUGCUGGCACAUGCAGACACCGUGAGGACCCUGUGCUCUGCCGAGGACCGAUAUGUGCUGAGUGGGUCAGGCAGGGAAGAGGGCAAGAUUGCCAUCUGGAAAGUGGAGUGACGGUGGGCACAUGAGCAGGCGGCAGCCUGCCCUGCCAGCUGUGCAGGCCUCACUGGAGCUGUCCCCAGAGCAGCAGCCCUGAAGGCUGUGCAAGGGCCGAGCCACCCAGUCAGGUGGAGAGCUGUCUGGGCCCGUGUGGAAUGUGUCCUCUCUGUGGGCCUAGGACAAGAGCUUCCGGCCCGAGGGCAGCUCAAGCCAGGUGCGCCUCAGGCUGGUGGCUACGGCUCAGUUGGAUAACAGCUACCUCUGCUGGGCAGCUACCGUGUGUGCUGCCUGGAAAGUUCCAAACUCUACAACCAGGGUCAGCACUGGGUGCACCAGUUUAGCUAAAUCACACAUGCCCUGGAGCCCCUGGCAUCUGGCUUUGCGUCUCUUAUACUUCACGCAUUCACAUUUCGGUGUCAGCAGGGUGACAAUGUCUGGGCAUCAUGUUGAGCCAAGUCACUAGUCUUCCAGUGACUCCUAAUUUCCAGCCAGUCUUCUGGGCAUUUUACAGUAACCACUUUGGUUGGGCGGGUUUGCACUGCCCAGGCUGCCCUGUCAGAACAGAUGGCCUGCCUGAGCGGGCGACAACACUGGGAUCAAAUCUGUGCAGUCAGGCAUGGGCUCACUUUAUCUUCCCUCUUCUCACCUCCCCCCCCCUUCCCUUCCCUGUCCUUCUUCCUCCCUCCCUUCUCUUUUCUCCUUCCUGCCUCCCCCCUUUGGGCAGCACUAGGAUUCAAGCUCAGGGCUUUAAAAUGAGCUGUAUCCCAGUCCCUCUUUCUAUUUUGAGAUAGGAUCUUGCCAACUCGCUAAAUUGCUCAGGCCGAGCUCAGACUCAGUCUCCUGCCUCAGCCUCCUUGAGUACUGGGGUUAGAGGUGUGUUCUACCACCCCUGGCCUCUCUUUCCUCAUGAAUUCAAAGUUUGUAUGUAAAAUGAAGAAACCUAGAGGCUUUGUUUCUUUGAAAGUCAUAGACAGAAAGGUCUGUCUGGAAGAACAGGCACUAUCUUAUCUCCGGAACAGCUGCCUCCCAGGGCACAGCCCUGUCCUGAGUCGCUGUAAAUGUGUGUAUAUAUAGGUGAUGCUUUAUUAUGUAACUGUAAAAUAUAUUUGCAAAAGAGCCUUUGCCCAUUAUUAUGCUGUGGUUAAGAUUUCAUUCCUGAAGCAUUAGGUGAGGGUGCUGCUGGUGUUGUCCCUGAAGCUGGAGGGAGGGAGCACUGAUCUCUUUGAACAUUACCAGGGCAUGUGGCCUGUCCCUGUGGACCUAGCCUGAGCUCAGCUACCAGCCCUCUGCAGCUUCUGCCUCGGUUUUGAGGACAUAGCCAAGCACCAGAGCAGAGCCUGCCCACCGACGGGCUGCUGAGGGAGUUAGCAGGGCCAUACUCUGGCCCACAGACGUCUCCUGGUGGACACCUCGGCUUUCGAAGAACCAUGUCGCUGAGUGAUAUUUUCCCCCACGGUGUGGGCUCUUCAGGGUGUUCUGGAACGUGCUGCAGCAAGAGCUUGAUGCUUGUGGAGCGGUCCCCAGAUUCCAGAAGGGGGGCCUGGCCAUCAGUGAAGGGCACAGGUUGAAUUUUGCUGUUGUAAACACAUGGACUUACAAGGGAAGUCUGUCGAAAAGAUGUGUAUAAAUUAUUUAAUGCCAGCCCAGAUGUAACCAGGUAUUUUCAGCUUGUGAAUAAUAAAUUCAUUUAUU